AUGCAUUUGGUUGGUGCUGCGAAGGGAGUAUCUGUCUCGUAUGACGCGAUUCAAGAUUUGAUGCAGAUGCUGCAGGAAUUCACCGUCCGACUGGGUGCAUACGCGCAAGAAGCCAUUUCCGAGUCUCUAAGGGACAAGCUGAGCGAUAUCAUCGUUACCCUGAUCGAUAUUUUUGUCUUGUCAUUCAAGACGAUUCAACGGGGUUGA